UUCCGCCCGGUUGCCUGGGAGACGCGUCCACAGCGCGGAAAUCCCCGCGGGCGCGGAGCCCGCCCGGCGCCGCCAUGAGCCAGCGGCAGGUCCUGCAAGUGUUCGAGCAGUACCAGCGCGCCCGGGCGCAGUUCGCGCAGGCGGUGGCCGACCUCGCCGCCCGCCCGCAGAGCAUCGACACUCUCCAAAGUGCAGGUGUAGUGUGUUUGCUGAGACCUCUUUUGCUGGAUGUCGUCCCAAGUAUUCGACAGACUACUGCCUUGGCUCUUGGGAGACUUGCUGAUUAUGACGUGGACCUGGCAGAGGCAGUUGUGAAGGCAGGCAUUCUUCCACAGCUCAUAUGUGCAUUGCCUGAGGAGAAUCGUUACUACAAGAGAACAGCUGCAUUUGUGCUAAGAGCAAUUGCUAAACAUUCUCCUCAGCUAGCUCAGGCAAUAGUUCAAUGUGGAGCACUGGAAAUGCUGGUGAUUUGCUUGGAAGAUUUUGACCCUGGAGUCAAAGAAGGUGCAUCUUGGGCAUUUGGGUAUAUUGCCCGACACAAUCCAGAACUGUCACAAGCUGUGGUGGAUGCAGGCGCUGUUCCUCUUUUAGUGCUCUGUAUCCAGGAGCCAGAAAUUGCUUUGAAAAGGAUUGCUGCUUCAACUCUCAGUGAUAUUUCAAAGCAUUCUCCAGAGUUAGCACAGACAGUAGUGGAUGCAGGAGCUAUCGCUCACUUAGCUCAGAUGAUCCCGAACCCUGAUGCUAAACUGAAGCGUCAGGUGCUGUCAGCUCUAAGCCAGAUAGCAAAGCAUUCAGUGGAUCUUGCAGAGUUGGUGGUUGAAGCAGAAAUUUUCCCAGUUGUGCUCACAUGCCUGAAGGAUUCAGAUGAAUAUGUCAAGAAAAAUGGUGCGACUUUAAUUAGAGAGAUAGCAAAGCAUACGCCUGAGCUUUCACAGCUUAUAGUAAAUUCAGGCGGAGUUGCUGCUGUGAUUGAUUGUAUUGGCAGCUGCAGAGGGACUGUCAGACUGCCUGGCAUCAUGACACUUGGUUAUGUGGCGGCUCAUUCGGAGAACCUGUCAAUGGCAGUGAUUGUCUCCAAGGGAAUACCACCACUAUGUGUCUGCUUGAUAGAAGAACAUGAAGAUCAUAUUAAGGCAGCAGCUGCUUGGGCCUUGGGACAGAUUGGAAGACAUACUGCUGAGCAUGCACGUCAUGUUGCAGUAGCAAACGUGCUGCCCACGCUGCUCGAUAUCUAUGUGGACACACGCAGCUCAGAAGAUCUUAAAAUGAAAACUAAGAAAGCCUUAAAGAACAUUCUUCAGAAAUGCACGUAUCUUCCAGCACUUGAACCAUUGCUUCAUGAGGCUCCUCCCAAUAUUAUGAAGCAUAUUAUUGGGCAGUUUAGUAAGGUGUUACCACAUGACAGUAAAGCACGUCGUCUCUUUGUAACAACUGGUGGACUUAAAAAGGUUCAGGAAAUAAAAGCAGAACCUGGGUCACUUCUUCAGGAAUAUAUCAACACUAUUAACAAUUGCUAUCCAGAGGAAAUAGUAAGUGCUUCUUUCCUCCAUCAAGCUGGUAACAUCUUCUCUGUGCUCACUGCUUCUUUAAGCCCUUCCUGUUCCUGGAGAUGCUGACUACUUUCUGGUGCCUGGAGGUGUGUUAGUCUUCCUCCUUCACUGCUUUUUCUGCACAACGUGGCAUCCCAUGCUGCUUGAGGAGGGGGCAAGGUGGGGGAAGAGAAACAGGCAGUGGCUGGGGCUCUUUAAGUGGGUCACUUCUCACUGAUACAGGCUCCUUCCUCUCCUCUUACACACUCAUCCCUUGGGUACUGACCCCACGUUUAUUUUCUAGCCUGCAGCAGCAGUGUGUCUAAACCCAGGCAGAUGACAGCAUAGCUUGAGAGUUCAACUACUGCUGUAAGAUUCUGGAGACAAGCAAGUUUCACAAGGCUACAGCUUGAGGGAAAGUAUUUCUAGAAGCCAGUUCCUCUCCAGAGUUUCCAGAGAAGAUGUGUAUGAUCACUGAUAUUUUCCAGUCUUGGUUUUUGGUAACUGAGUUGAAGAAAGGUACUCUAAGUACUUUUCUUCUUUUUUUUCCCAAAUGAUAACUAGGAUAUAACAAUCCUUCCUAAUUAUGUAGCUCUCCUCACCCUGAGCUUGUCACAGCCUGUGUCUGAGGAGGACCACUUCAAAUGAGAUUUAUGUGCAUUUGGUAUAAUUUGAAACAGACUGAAACUUAAUGUCAGGGCAUUUCAUGACAAAAUUAUGAUGGAAGUCAUCUGGGGACCUGCAUCGGCAGCACACAGCCCUUCUCACUGGAGCUGUUCCUACCUGCUUACCACAGCCUGCAAAACAAACAGCCCCGCGUGCAAUCGCAGUGCAGGGAAAAUGCCGCGGUGAUGGAUGAUGUCCAGGUGUGACCUUUCACCUGUCACGGUAGCCAAAAUCUUUGUGGGAAGAGCGCAAGAUGGAAAAUUAUGGGAUAAUAAAAUUUAAAAAGAUCAGUCAGGUGUAGAAUUCUGUUGUUAAAAGAAGUAUUAACUAUUUUUGAAAUACCCAGUCAUCUGACAGGCCAGGCCACACCUGAAAGGACGACUGGUAAAGCCCCAGUUGGCUGAAGCAAUUCAAUCCAAAGGGCAGCUGGCUGAUGGCAGGGGCAGAGCGUAUCGUCAGUGAGCUGCUACAACGGAUGCAAGAAACUGAGCACACAGUCUAUUAUCAAAUGCAUGGUGGAAAUUUGACAUUUCAGCAAUGUAAUGUGCUUGUUUUUCCGGCAGAAUGAGACUAAUAUGCUCCUUUUCCAUGCAGCGUCAUUCACAUCUGAGCAAAAUAAAUGGGGGAGAAGACAAUUUUGGUAUCUAUUCUAGGCAUUGCUAAUUUUAGUGCCACCAAGAAGAAGGAUUUUUUUCCCCCUCUUUUUUCUUUUUUUUUUAAAGAAAGUACAAUAAAGCACAUGAAUCUUAGAAUAAAAAUAAUUUUGAAGGGCAACAUAUCUGCUGGUUCUUUGAUACUGGCACCUUGAUAGCUGCAGUACAUCCAUUAUGUUGUCUGGAAUGAAAACCAGCUGUCAAACUCUGACACAGUGGAGUUAUGAAAUCUUUCCCGCUUCUCUGAACCCCCAAAGCAAACCAGUGUUUGUGUAGCUGAAAUAAAUUGAGAAUCACCAUGAAUGAAACCUUCUUAAUUCAGUGCCAUCAAUACAAAAGAUUACAUCUCUAGUCUGUGUGCAAGAGGUUUUGAAUCCUAAUUUUUGAAUCAGUCACCUGUCUCCCUUUUGCAGCUCCUCCUUCUACCACUGUGGUAGUACAUAAAGAAAGAGAUUUGCGUAUCGAAGGAAAACGGUGGAGAAAGGCUUGUGCUUGGCCUAGCUUCUUUGAAAUGCAUGCAGACAUAUUUAUUUCCCCUAUGAUACAGCUCCUAUUAUGUGCUUUGCAUCUUUAAAUGUGUGAAGCAUCAUGCCUGCCUGGCAGGACCCUGAGAUUCAAGUCAGAAGAGAGACAGGCUUUGUUUUCUCUCUCAUGGAGAUUUUGCUUUUGGUCUUCUGUUACCAUUAUGUCGGCUUGUUGAGAGAGUUAGUAAAAAACCCUAUAAUGUUUUCCCAGUUUCUUUACAUUUUCUGUGCACAAAGAGCAAAAUGCACAUUUUCCCCCUGCACAGGGAUAUGCUGCAAAAAGAAAAUGUACAAAACCUCAGUGCUAGAAGCAGUGUCUCCUAUGCUGCAGAGCCUUCUCGCAGCAGACAGGCAGGCUGCACGCUUGCAUUGGAAACUGCAAAACAAAGAAAAUAAACUCACAGGCAGACAUUCUGGAGUGCCUAAGGACUGUUUCUGUUCCUAUCAGCCUGCUCCCAGCCAGGACAAUAAAGAAGACAUGCUGCUGCUGGAGGCCCCAUACAUGCCACUGCAUUUUGCAGAUGAGGCAUUUGUCAUCGCAGUUUCAGAUUCUUUCUUUUUUCUAACUGGUUCAUCGAUAUUGUAGAGUACAAGAAAGUAAGAAUACUAUGGAAGUAAAUCUUCACCUGUGGUAGAUUACUAGUUAAACUGGUUAAGCACUGAUCUGAUUUUGUAAGUUCCACAUGAGCAACUGAAGGGGUUGCAGUCAGCAGGGAGCGAGGCUUGGCUGCAUCCGGUGGGGGUAGCUUUCCUGCAGGGUGAGAAGUUUGAUCCCUGAGUUUUUCAAGAAAAAGUUUCCUUCUCCCCACUCCUAUAUGGGCUUCUGAAGCUGCAUGGUGGCUGUUUCCUGAGAGGAGGUGAGUCUAAAGCAAGCCAAAGUGUGUGAAGCCACAUUAGCAUUAGGGUUUGUUUGUAUGGUCAGAGGCUUAACCAUGCUGUCAGUCCUGAUGAGUUCAUGAAGAAGUUAUGGCAAUUUGUGGGGAGGCCUCCAGGCUUUCACAUGAGGUGUGGACUGACUGUGGUUGGAGCUGCAUUCUUUUUUCCCCCUGUAAAAGUGACCUCCUUGGAAAAUAAACCCUGGGACUUAUGUCAGAGGAGUAGUCUGCAUGCAUUGAAUAGUGACAGAGCUGCAGUGUGUGUAGCUGUGUGUGCACAUGGAAUAGAAGUGCUCAUACCAACAUCCUCCCUCAAGAAUCCUGUUGUGGGAGGACAGUUAUAAAUAACUCUUUGGCCACUAUAAUUGUUCUGCCAGUACAGGCUGCCAGAGAAAUACCUUGACUCAGCACAUGCCUGAACAAGGUCCUCUCCCAGGCAGCACCUCCCACCGUACAGACGUCCCUGCAAAGUCGUGUGGGUGCCUGGUGGGGCAGCGAGCCCCAUCUGGCUGCUGCUGCAAGCUGCCAUAAGCCAGUGCUGAAUCAAAUUAAUGUUUGUAAAACAUACUGAAGACCAAAAAAAAGCACUGCUUAAGCACUAGUUAAUAUUAUUUCAGUGCCCCCAGUUACAAUUCUGUUGUUGCAAGAACGGCAGGUGCCUUUCGCCACAGUGGUACUCUGGCUGUUCCCUGUGGAGAAAUGGACGUUCUUCUCCCACUCUCACAGAGCCACACUAGUCUUCACUGAGCCACGUAAGAUGGCCUGGCCUCUUCACUGACAAGAGGAACAAAAUUGUCCCUCGUGCUAGUGUUCUUAACAUCUACUGCUGCAAUGAUUUUUAUGCCUCUUCUGGCUGCCACAGUCUCACCAAAGAAAACUCCCUGGCCGUGUACCAGCUAGGAGGCUACAGCUGAAUUUUUUUGCUGUUGUUCCUGAAACGAUGAGAAUUCUUUUUGAUGAUUACAUGGGACACUCUUUCUCUUAUUUUAAAAAUUGCUCUCAAAUUUGUAAUUAGGAAGUUGUCAUUGGUCUUUUUUUCAAAGCAGGUUCUACAUGGAGUAAAGAACCUAGAGAUGUGAUUUUUUUUUAAUCACUUGGAGUACCAAAAUGGCUAUAAAUGAAUCCAAAUGUAAUUUUCUUGGGAAAAUAAUUCCUCUGUUAUACAGGCCCUUUUUGCUAUAUAUUUCAGGGCCUGUUUUACUGGUGUAAUUUGAAAUUUUUCAGAAAAAAUUCCUGCCUUUUUUGUUCAUGCAAAUAACGAUUCUGGAUUUUUUAUUCUGUGAAUCCUGUCUCUGAGACUGCUUUUUUAUUAAUGUCUACAAGUAAUUGCAAAAGACUUAUUAUCUUCAGAAUAUCACUCUAACUUUCCAAGAACCUAUUUGAACGUACACAGCGUGUUCCCAACUGCAUGGCUCAGUUUAAACCACUACAAUUACUUGGAGGUACAUAGGUCUGCUAGUGUGUUACUCUUACAUUGCUGUAUCUCUUUCCUGAAAUGGUGAUGCAUCAUACCUUAAUGUGAGUAAAACUGCAUGUACAGUAAAUGUUUUACCAGUAUAACUACUUUAGUAAAAUAAAAUUAUACCCUGUCUAAUUAUAAUGAAAAAAACCCAGAGUGUUGACCAAGACUCACUUGUUAGUUCUUUAUUACAGUACAUUUCCAGCUGCAACAGAAUUUAAAUAUCAUAUUUUCUCUUGUGUGUUAUUUUAAUUUUUUUCCAUAAUGUCAUGGAUUUUUUAUUUCUAAAUGCAAUUACACCAUCAGUUACAAUGGGAACAUUUUUAUCUUUGCCCUGUGUCCCAUAGAGACAAACCUUGAGAAGUCAAACAGUAAGCUUUCAAAAAUGAGCUUAUCUGUGAGGUUAAACAAGGUGUGGCAACCCUGACAUGGGGCUCCUGCCUCAAGAAAAUAUAAUUUUUCCAGCCCCUUGAAGUAAUCCUCAUUCUGUAAUGUGAAAAUAGUUUUAUAAAUGUGUAUUUAUGUAUUUUUAGCACUGUCAUAUACUGUGUUUUCAAUGGAGAUGUUAUAUUUAGAAGUUUCUCAAAAUGUGGAGCAUGUGUUAAGUUUCUUUUGCAUAAUCCAUCAAGACUAAUUUGAUUCGAGACCGGUGCCUUUUUUUUCCCCCCAUCUGUUUGGAAAAGUGCAGUUGUAGAGACAUCAGUCAUGUAACACUUUCUGUAAAACAGCUUUACUGACAGUUGGGAGUUGUCAGUAACCAUGUGGAUUUCAAGCUCUCAGUCUGGCUACGAUGAGGAAAACCCUCUGACACAUCAUUUCCACAGAGCCACAGAAUUUAAGGCUGGAAAGACCCAGAGUCCUCAUCUAGAUGACCUCCCGCCUAGCCUACCCAGAGAUAAGUCAUGUUUCAAGCCUAAUAGCUGCAGAAACCACCAGGUUUUGGGACAAACAUACACUCAAUUUAAUAGCAUUUGCUCACCAAUCACCAUUAAUUUAUUUCAAUAGUUAAUUACAGUUAUUUAUUUCAUAUAAAUGUUGUGGACAUAACUGUGGCUUGUCUCCUGUUUCAGCUGGUCUAGCUUCGACUUCCAGCUUUUGGGAAGCUUUAAGAGAUGCUGAGUCUGUGUUCCUUGUCUAAAUAUGUAGAGACCAAACUGUGUUGGGUGAGGGUAGAACAGACAGAUGGCUCAGGAAAGCAAAUUCCUGGAAGUGGGAAAGGAGUUCUGCAGGGGUAAAACCAUAUCCCUGCGGCCCUUGCCCACAGUCCUCUGAGUUUCCUACCCAGUGCUGGGGCAGAGGCAGGAGCAAGGGCUUGGAGGGCUUGGCACAGGCUUGGCGGGCUGGACAUGGGCUUGUAGAGCUCUGCCUUCGUGUAGGAGAUGGAGGAAAACACAUCAAAGUGCCCAUAAAAGCUCUUUUCUUUCCAACUAAGAAGAAGCAAAACUCAGUUUUGCCCCUGUGUUGUUGAGAAAUGUGGGAUUGUCUCUUCAGACCCGUGCAGCAAUCUCCACUGUGUUCACCUUUGGGAAAAUACCAUCCUGAAAUGUUUCCAACUCGUACUGUAAGAUGUUUUGUACCCUCUAGGACUCACUCCUGUUCGUUUGUGUCCCACUCAGGAGGUGGCCAGCAGAACAGCCCAUGAAGGUCAGUGUCAGAGGUGACAUAAUUUACUGCAGCAUAAUUGGCCUAUAUUCAAGUCCUUUCCCUCACCUCUGCUCCUCAGCAUGGGCUCUCUUCUGCUGUGAGUCUUUCAUCAUUCUAUGUGUCUGAGCUUGCUUUUGGCU